UGGGCUGACAGGCUGUAAGCCCUGUUCUGCAUGCCAGCACAAAAAGCUUUGUUGCUUGUAGAUUGUUUGUUUAUGCAAACGAAAGUGGUGCAUUUUAUUAUGCAAUGGAAAGGGCUCUAAAGGACCAGAAAGGUGCUGAUUGGGUAGCUUCUUGGAGUGGGAACCGGUGGCAGAUCCAAGACAAAUCCUGACUUUGUCUGUUCUCUGUUGGGCUCUGCAAACACUUUGAGGAGAAGGGAAUGUUGUUGCCCGUUCAAGAGCAGUGCUUUUAAAGAAAGAGUGGCAAAUGGUCAAUCAGGACUGAUUUGGGCGGUGGUGAUCGGAUUGCUACUGGGACAUACAUUUCCACAAGCAAUCGAUUGGAUACUACAGGAAACAUGACAGAAGACGUUCAAGUUAGAGCUGAUGUACUAGAGUAUAAUCGGAAUGUGCCCUCUGAGAAACCACAACUCCAGGUCAUCGAUAUUAUCGAUCAAAUGGCAAAUUCUGUUGAGAUAUUUCCAUAUGAAAAUGAAGAGUUUAAUCCUGACUCUCUGCUUAUGCAAGCAGACCAAGAAGGAGCUGAUCACUUAGUAGAAAACACAGCCUGUGGUGUUUCAAGCGAGGAAAAAGACUCUCAAGAUCUCUGUGAGGAGAACUAUCCCGUAAGUGCCAAAGCACAUGAAGGAACUGAACAGGAGGAAGGGAACGCACAGCAGCUUGGGGAGGAAAAGGCCUACAACACUAAUGAGAUCAAGGAGGACCAGGGAGAAGCACAGCUGCAUGAACACAAGGAGCAAAUUGAAAUUGAAACGUACCUAGAAGUCAACGAGAAUGCGACAGCAGAAGAUUCUGAAGGGGCAGCAGGAGUCAUGCAGAAUGAAAAUAAUGGGGAGUCUCAUAAAAAAUGGCAGGAAACCAACAGCAAAGAAUUUCUUCCCAUCAAUCCCAGGAAUAACUCUCCGGUUGAGAAACCAAAUGACCAGCCAAGCUCCAUGAAAAAAAGCGAUAUCUCCCGGCACAGUUAUUCUCGAUACAAUACGAUAUCCUAUCGGAAGAUCCGCAAAGGAAACACAAAACAGAGAAUCGAUGAAUUUGAGUCCAUGAUGCAUUCAUGAACUGAAGCAGAGAAUCUGGUCAGCAUGCUGAGACUUCCCUCCAUCCACUGGGACAAUUCUCCCCCCCCCCACACACACACCUUGUAAUAUCAAGUUCAAAAUUUCCUUUUUGAGUCCAAUUCAACUAAAGUGAGUCAUGACUAAUUCUCAUUCAAACCAAUGGUACAAAUUAGUUGUAACUAAAUAGUCCCAUUGCUUUUAGUGGGAUAUAGUAAUGGCGAAUUUUAGCUGCACUGUCUCCAGUACAUGUAAUUUAAAUAUGUACU